UACAUCGAAUUUGCGGUUUCCGCCGUUGAUUCCUAUUAAAUGACGUCAUAAUAUAAAGCAACGAACUUGUUGAUCUCGCAAGAGAUCUUGCAGGAGGGUUUUAUUUAAUAGAAUAAUACAGCUACAUUUUUUGAGUUACGUUCUACCAGGUAAGAAUGGCGAACCAGGGCCCUAGUUAUGGAUUCAGUCGUGAAGUUCGAAACAAGAUGGCAUCAAAAUAUGAUGAAUAUCUGGAAGAAGAUUUGAGAGAAUGGAUUGCAAAGACAUCAGAUUGCCAAAUUAUGAGCGAGAAAACUUUUCAAAGCUGGUUAAAAGAUGGAAGAGUGCUUUGCUUUUUAAUAGAAAAACUUCAACCUGACCUACUUAAGAAGGGGAUGCCCCAUGAAACCAUGCUCAAUCCAUUCCGAUGUAUGGAAAAUAUUAAUGCAUUUCUUGAUGCGAUUAAACUGAUGGGAGUACCUGAACCUUCCUUAUGCACAACCGCUGAUCUUUAUGAUGGGUCUGGGAUGUCACAGGUUCAAACUUGUCUGUUGGCAUUGGUGGAUGUGGCUAUUUCAAAAGAUUUGACUGAAACCGAUAUUGGAAUUCGAAUCCCAAAGAAACAAACAAAGGAAUGGAGUGAAAGUCAACUUAAAGCGGGAGAUACAAUCAUUGGUUUGCAGGCUGGAACAAACAAAUAUGCAAGCCAGUCAGGAAUGACGGCAUAUGGCUCAUCAAGACCUGCUUAUGAUAGAAAAUAUUCAUCACAAAAAUAAACAUUGGGAAAAUAGGUUUAAGAUAAACUUUUGACUGCAAUUGAAAAUUAACAUUGUUUUUAUAUUAUUUUACCUAAGAGUCUUUUUCUAUUUUGAUUGUGUUGUAACUUGAAUUCAUACUAACACGUUUUACCUUAUACGACUUUAUAGAAUACAAAUAUUAAUUUUUAAUUUUAAAAACACUGCCAAAAAUUAUUGCUUUUUGAAUUUUAAUGAUAAUGAAGUGUGUGAAAUACUAACAUUUGUUUUAGUAAAAUAUUUCUAAAUAAAAUAACAAUUUGCUAUAAACUCAUGUUUUUUUCAAGAUAAUGUUAGUCGAACAUUUCAAGUAAUGAAGUUAUGUAUAAGAAUUUCCAUUAAAUUCGUCUUCGUUGUUUUCUUGCAAGAAAAAAA